UGACAACUCGCCACGGCGAAUUUCCAGUUUCAUCAGUGGAGACAUGCAUCUAAAGAUGGAUUUACUGCUUGUCUUUCAAUAACAUCAAAUUAUCACAGACUAUUAUAUUUUCAAACCGAAAAAUGGCUUGAAUGAAAAUGGCCGCAAAUUUAGACAGCAAAGAGGGUUUGAAGGAGGAUGACAACAACGGUGAGUUUUCUGUUGGAGAUAAGAUUGAUGGAGUCAAAGAUGAUUCUAUUUCCUCGUCUCAAGCUUUGACGGAGGAACAAGGGACCAGCGAGAAUUGCUCCCAAGAUGUUGUACAAGAUGUAAACAACCCAGGAACAUCAGAUGAGCAUUGCCAAGGAGACAGCAGCCACGGCGCUGAAGCAAAGAUUGAUGAGACCCUCAAAGAUGCAAUCAUAGAUGACGUUGUCGCAGUGUCGAAAGAACCUGUCAGUGAGAAUGCACCGUUGAAGGCUGAGGAUGGAGAAAGUAACCAUCUCAUGGAUGCACAGAAGGAGCCUCUUGAAGAAGCUGUUUCCUCCGAUGACCUCGCGACACCCAUCCUUCAGUCGGACACGUCUAAAGAACUAUCUUACAAUGUCUCGAUUGAAAAUGUCAGUGAGUCACCACAAUUAGAUACUAUGAAUCCCAAUGAGAGCAUUUCAAACGCAGAAGCAGAACUUACAGACGAUAAAAAUGAAACGGAAUCCACUUUGAUUGAACAAGAAGACACAAAGAAGACUGUGGAGACAUCAAAAGCAUCUAUGCAAGGUGACACUCAAGACUCGCCUCAAAAUUCCGGUAGUUCAAAAUUAUCCUCAGGAGAUGGAGCUGACCAGAUGGUACCUACUCUAGUUUCUGAGAGAGAUACAAAUGAGACUGGACAUGUCAAAGGUCAGUGUGGUGAUGGAGGAGCAAAUGUGGACUCAGCGGAUGAUGUUAAGGUCAUCACUGAAUCAGUGAAGUCCUUAGUGAUCCUCCCAAACCCUGCUCCGGAAGAAACUGAGAAAGUUUCGACGACAGAGAAAGGAGACGUGCGAGCGAAGAGUGUGCAGGACACAGCGAAUUUGAAUAAUAACGCUAAGGGUCAGAGUUCAACUUCGGAGAGUAAGACGGAAGCAAAGUCCACCUCAUCAACAAGCAGGCAAGAGUCUAGCAAGACCAGCUCAGCGAAACAAGAUGCACCAAGCCAAGACUCUGCCAGAGACAGGGCGGGUAAGUCUUACUCGGCACAGAGAGUGGCAAACAGAGGUACUCGCGGCAAAGGAGCAGCAUCUCCUGACCCGAAAACACCAACUAAACAAGAAGCACCAAAACCAAUCGAUGGGCGUGCUAGAUCGGACUCUGCUAAAGAGAAGGUUGUCUUAACUACUAAGGAGAAGGCUAUCUUACCAGAGGAUGCUGUAAAAGCGAAGGACAAGGGGAAGCAUGCCUCGGAGCAUGGUCGAGAGAAGACAUCUGGUAGGUCGAGAGACGGGGACAGGGAAGCCGAGAGGAGAAUCACGGACAGGAGGAGGGACAAGGACAGGAGGCCGUCGGAUCCAGCGCCGGUGAUUAAGAAGCCAGUCAAGACCAAAGAGGAGCUUGAGAAGGAGGAGGCAGAGCGGAAGAGGCGGGAUGAGGAGCAGAAGAAGAUUGAGAUGGAGAAGAAAGAAGCUGAGAUCAAGAGACAAGAGGAGGAAGAACAGCGUCUUUUGGAAGAAUCCAACGCCAAGCUUGCGGAGGAAGAACAGAAACAAGCGUUUGAGAUUGCAGCUGAAGCAGUGCAGAGGAAAGAAGCUAAGCUACGGCUACGAGCCAAGAACCUGGCCGCUGCAGCUGAGAGACCAGACGAAUCCUUCUUCAUGAAACUUGAUUCAAGUAUGAAAAAGAACUCUACAUUUGUCAGAAAGCUGAAAACCUUGACCGAGCAACAGCGGGAUUCCUUAACCGCAGAGUUUAACAGCCUCAACUUGACCAAGUACGUCGGCGAAGUGGCCACGGCCAUCGUGGAGUCUAAAUUCAAGAUGGCCGACAUCAGCUGCGCAGUGCACAUCUGUUCCCUGGUGCACCAGCGGUACGCUGAGUUUUCAGCCCACCUUCAACAGGCGAUACAGAAGUGUCACCCGGCACAGGCAAAGAAAGAAGAUUCAAAGGAAACAAAGAAAGAACCGGUCCUUUUUGACAGCAGGAUUCGAGUAGAGCUCCGUUUCUUAGCAGAGUUGAUUGUCGGAGGAGUGUUCACGGAGAAAGAAGGUCUACCUUCUCUAAACACGCUGCUCUCAUCGGUCCUGAAGGCAGAUAAAGAGAACCACACUCACAUCUCCAUCAUCAGCAGCUUCUUAAAACACUGCGGAGAAGACUACGCCGGGAUAGUGCCUCGUAGAAACCGAAUCCUUGCUGAUAAGUUCAACUUGACUCUCCCAGUGAGUGAGAUCUUCUCCGCCCAGCGGAAGAACGCCUACAAGGGACUCCUGAAGGAGCAUUACCUGUCUCUGACCAAGCACCUACUGAAGGAGCAUCGGGAUCUUCAGAGUGUAGAGAAGCAGAAUCGAAGAAUAUUACAAACUAAGGGAGAGUUGAGCGAGGAGAGAAGGAAGCGUUACAAUGAGAUUCAAGCUUCGUAUCAGAAGCUCCUGGUCAACACGUCUCACUAUGCCGACUUAAUUGAUGAAGUCAUGCCAGAUCUUCCUGAAGCAGAAAUCAGCCCAGAAGAGCGAGAAAUGAUGGCGCUAGAUUUCAUGACUGCUGACCACUCCAAGGCGGAGUUUGAUUUCGAGACGUCUCUAUGGGAGGACGAAGACACAAGAACAUUCCACGAGAAUCUGAUUGAUCUGAGAACGAUGGUGCCUGGGAUUUUAUUCAAGGACAGCGAGAAGAAAGGAUCCCCCGAUGAGAAACAAGAAGAGUUAGCCCAACUAGGAGAAGAUAUCGUAGCUCUUGAGCAAACGGAUGAUACUGAGGUCGUAACAACGGAAGAAGCGGAAGCAGCUGAGAUGGCGCCCAACGAGGAGCAAGAAGUCACCACAGAAGAUGAAAUAAUCGUAGAAGAGGUUGAGUCAACUUCAGAACCUGAUCUAGAUGAUACGGAGGAAGAGGAGGAGGAGCAUGAUAAAACGACCAACAUGAGCAAAAAGAUUCUCCUGGAUACCUUCCUACAGCGGCUGCCGCAGUGUGUUAAUAGAGACUUCAUUGACAAGGCAGCAGUUGAGUUCUGUAUGGAUUUGAACACCAAGAUCAACAGACGUAAACUGAUCAAGGCAUUAUUCAAUGUCCCAAGAACCAGAUUGGAUCUUCUGUCCUUCUACUCUCGUCUGGUUGCCACACUGUAUCCAUGUAUGCCAGACAUCGGCACGGAACUUGUCGAAAAACUCAAAGCUGACUUCAGGUGGCACGUGAGAAAGAAAGACCAGAUGAUGAUCGAGACCAAAAUCAAAACGGUCCGAUUUAUCGGGGAGCUGACUAAAUUCAAGAUGUGUUCUAAGUCUGAUACAUUGCAGUGUGUUAAGAUACUUCUUCAGGAUUUCCGUCACCAUAACAUUGACAUGGUGUGUAACCUGCUAGACAGCUGCGGUCGUUUCCUCUACAGAUCACAAGACUCGCACCUUCUCACCAAGGCUCUAUUGGAAUUGAUGAUGCGGAAGAGGAACAAGCUACAUCUGAUUGAGCGACACAGCACAAUGGUUGAGAAUACAUUCUUCUAUUGUAACCCUCCUGAAGUAAAACAAGCAGUGAUGAAAGAGCGACCGAUCCUACAUGAGUACGUUCGUAAGCUCAUCUAUCGUGAUCUGUCUAAGACAACCACGGAGAAGGUCCUGAAACAACUGCGCAAGAUGGACUGGAACAACGUGGAGAUUAAGAUGUACAUCACUAAGUGUCUAAGCAGUGUCUGGAACGUAAAGUUCAAUAAUGUCCACUGUGUUGCUAGCUUACUGGCCGGUCUGGUACCCUAUCAUGACGAUGUGGGUAUACAGGUUGUAGAUGCUGUCUUGGAAGAUGUCAGAAUCGGCAUGGAGAUUAACCAUGCUAAGUACAACCAGCGUCGUGUUUCCAUGGUGAAGUUCCUCGGUGAGCUGUACAACUAUCGUAUGGUAGAGUCGGCGGUUAUCUUCAAGACCUUGUACUCAGUGAUUCGCUUUGGAAUCUCUUUAGAUGGAGCUUACAAUCCCCUGGAUCCUCCUGAGCAUCUGUUCCGCCUCCGGCUGGUCUGUACCCUCCUGGAUACUUGCGGACAGUUCUUCGAUAGGGGUACAAGCAAGAAGAAACUGGACUGCUUUCUGGUGUACUUUCAGCAAUACAUCAUGUACAAGCGCAGCCUCCCAAUCUGGAACCCACAGCUCCCGUUCCCUCUGGAUGUAGACAACGCCUUGGCAGACACCCUGGAGACGUUGAGACCUAAACUGCUCAUCUACUCCACACUGGACGAGGCCAGUGAGGCUGUGACUGAGCUGGAGAAAGAACAAGUCCAAAAACUAGGAGCUGUGUUGCCGAUGGCACUAGCUUCAGUUAACGGCCAGCAGCAGGGAUCACAUUCUCUUGGGAUGAUAACUGAAGGUGAUGAGAAUAAAACCACCAAUCCAACAGAGCCGGCCGUGGAUUUCACCAGCAUCAAUGAAGAUGAAGAGAUCUCAGAUUCUGACUCAGAAGCAGACGGCGUGAGUCGCAGGGGAAUGCAACAUACCGGAGAGGGACACACCAACAACAGUCAGAGUCAAGGGCAGAGUCAGAACACCGGAGACGAAGAGGGAUUGGACAUUGAUGAUCACAUGGCUUUAGAUUCUGCUGGUGAGACUGAGGAUGAUGAUACGGUGACCAUGUUAACCGGAGGUCCUAAGUUCAUCAAGUGCGAUGAAGAUGAAGAUUUCACCACGGAGUUUGACAAGAUGCUAUCGGACAGUGUUCAGCAACGGACAGUGGAAGCCGUCAAGGUGCCCCAGCAAGACAUCGCUAUUCCCGCCCACGCCCGGCCACGCCCUAAGAAGGCGACCUUUGACAUCUUCCACCCAGACUCCCAAGAGGAAGAGGAGGAAGAAGAACAGGCGACGUCCGUUAACUUUGUGCUGAUGAUGCGUCGCGGCAACAAGCAACACUACCACGAGUUUGAGGUUCCCAAAUCCUCAGAACUUGCCGCUAAUCUUAGAAACAGAGAACAGUUGGCACUCGCUGAGAAGAAGAGACUGAAGGAACUGACUCUGAACAUCAAUGACAGACAGGAGGAGGAAGAUUAUCAAGAAAUGAUGUCACAGAUCCAGAAGCCUCCGAUUCCGGUUCCGGUGGUCACCAAGGAACGCAAAUCCAAGUUCCAUCACCCAAAGGGUGCCCCGGACGCAGACCAAAUAUUCAACUCCUAUGGCAACCGAAAAUGGUGAACCCGAAGAAAUACGGAUGUUCAAUGUCAACAACAACAACAACAACAACAACAACAACAAGAGGAACAAAGCAGAACCUCAGAAUGGCCUCUUGAUAAUUGUCAAGCAACAGUGUUAUAUGGUGUCGUAGAGUUUGCCUACAGCCAUUUUGAAGAAAAAAAUCGUUGUGGCUUUUCAGAGGGUGGAUUCGGUUUAUACAUAGGAAGUUAUAGCGCUGAUGUUACGGUGAAUCAACUUAAGCCGUGCAUUGGGCAAUGACCCACUGCAGCGUUUAGAAGUGACCCUGCAGUCUCUCACAGUUUAUUACAAUUUAUUUUAUUACCAAAACAGUUUAGACAACGGCAGUUGGAAGUUCUCGUCUCUCUCGCAUGUAUAGUGCUCAUAGAUUUUAAAGUAAGGGUAAACAAAACGGAAAUCACUACUUUGUUGUUUAUUGUUAAAACUGAAAAGCUUGUUUUACAUAUUUUCUACGGUAAUGGAGAAAACCCAUUGUAGUUUAAAACUAAAAGAUAUUAUGAGCUGAUGAAGCGGAGAAAGUAUCAUUGCAAUCAGACUGAACAAGCCCUUAUCGUGGUCUUGAUACACAUAUAAAAGUUCCCUCAUUGCACUUCGGAAAUGGUGGUUUGUACCUGUAGUACAGUCAUCUGACCACUGACCCGACCUGAGUCCUGCUGAUCUGUACCUGAUUCAUGCUGGUCUAUACUCGAUCUUGCUGACCCUAACCAAGUCAUGCUGACCCUAACCAAGUCAUGCUGAUCCUAACCUGGUCAUGCUGACCAUGGGCUGGUGCAGCCAACCUGAGUUAGCCUGGUCUUGCUAAAUUGACCCAGGGUUUGCUGACUCGACCCUGGUCUCACUGAUUUUACUCUGGUCUUUCUUACUUGACCUUGGUCGUACUUACUUGACCCUGGUCUUACUAACUUCAACCUGGUCUUACUAACUUGACCCUUGUCUUACUAACUUGACCCUUGUCUUGCUUACUAGACCCUAGUCUUGCUUUCUUGACACUUGGUCUUGCUGAUUUGAUUCUUAUCUUGCUGACCCUUAAUCAGUGCAACCGACAUGAACCUGACCUAGAAACAUAGAUACUAUGUUUUACAUAAACAAUUCUAAAACAAUUCAAGGUAUUUUAUUCAAAUAUUUGUAGCCAAAGGCUAAAUUACAAUUGAAUUUACAAGGUAAAAAACAUCAAGAUUACAUACAUUGAAGGGAAAUAUACAAAACAUUAAACCAACAUAAAAUUUAAAUAAUUUCUCAUUUACAUGAGAAACAUCGGAAAGUAUGAAUUCAGGUCAUGACCUUUGCCUUGACCUUUUCAGUUCAGUGGACUAGAUAGGAACUUGCAGCCAUUCGUGGUCGCUCUGGGCAUUUUAGAAAAGCCAUUUGUGGUCGCUGUGGUCUCUAAAGGGUUUAACGGAACUUUUCCAUAAUGCCUUCCGGGGUAUAGUGGCGAGAGGUAUUGGAUGCGUUAGAUUAGCUUCCCCGGGUCUGCCCUUGGUCUGCCCCUGGUACAUUCGAAUAGCUUUGACGUCAUUCCAGGGGCUCACCCGUGUAAGCCCCAAGUGCCCUGCUUGUGAAGUGGAACACUUUAGGGCUGGCCGAGGUGCAUGACGUCACCAAGAGAGGGUGAGUGAUCGUUCGGUUAGCUCUUGUCAGGGGCUCACCCGAAUGAGC